AUGACUGAACAACCUCAACAGAUUUCAAAAUCACCAACAGGAGACCAAUUCACCUUUACUUGGACAAUAAAAAAUUAUCAUGAAGUAGCAGAUCUUUACCCAACUGGUAGAUGGUUUUACAGUGACAGUUUCAUUGAACCAGGUCUAUCGACACAAAAAAAAUCUCUAUUAAUAAAUAAUGAUAAAAGUACAGAUUAUUUGUGGCGUAUGUGCAUGUAUCCAAAUGGUGUAUCACAUCCUGAUAAAAAUUAUAUAGGUUUAUUUCUAAAGGCUAUUCCUACCGAUCAUGAAAGAGAAAAUAAUUCAUCCGGCAGAGAAAGAACUUAUGCAUUCGAAAUUUAUCCAGAUCCAAUAAAUAAAUUUGAUUUGAUAGUCAGAGUCAGGAUAACGAACGAAGAGAGCAUUGCAAUGUUGUUGGCUUUACAAGAAAUACCCUAUGGUGAAUUUCCUUUGGCUUCACAAAUACCAAAAUAUUUUGAUGACGAUCGAUUUUGUGAUGUUGAGUUCUCCUUCUCAUGUGGUCUGACCAUCAAAGCACACAAAAUAAUUUUAGCUUCACAGUCUAAAUAUUUUGAAAAUAUGUUAAGCGGACAAUGGAUAGAAGGUCGUAAUAAAGUCAUUCCAAUCAAAGAGAUAGACUAUGAGAUUUUCAAAUGUGUAAUGUAUUAUUUGUAUACUGGUAAACUGGAGGAGAACCUUCAGUUGGAACAAUUGAAAGAAGCUUACAUGAAGGCUGACAUGUUGGGAUUAGAAAACUUGACAAAAAUCAUUGCAAACAGAAUUGCCGAGGAUGUAAAUCACGAUAACUGGGAUGAGAUAUUGUUGUUAGGAUGGAAGAUGGGCGAUACGUGUCUUAAGAGUGCCAGCAUGGGGUUUGUUACAAACAGGUGGGAUGAAUUAAAAAGCACUGUGAAUAUGCAAAGAGUUAUCGCGUGUAACAAUGUUGAUUGGAUUGAAGAGCUAAUUGCCGAAAAAAUAUUUGGUGUUCAUGAAUAUGGUCGUAAUAAAUAA